UUAUACCUCUCCAAUGAUAACGCAUAUUAGAUACCUAUUUCCCGUUGCUUCAUUGAAAAGUGCAAAAUGCUUGUGAACGGUUGUCACAAAAAGAUUUCAGUUUUAACGCUUUGCUUGCUCAUUAUUCACUAUGCGAAUUGCUUACCAAAGGAAAGAGAAAAUCGGCACCUGUUUCCUUUAUUGGGAUAUCUUCACGGGUACAAAAUUGGACAGAACUUUGCAUAUCAAUUACCUCCAUUUGUUUUAUCACCUGUAGUGAUAUUGCCAUCAGUGAACCAACAGCAGAGUGUUAACGUGCAAAAAUCUACGGCAGGAGAAAACUAUCAAGAAAAUGGUGGUACUUUUCAAAUUAUAUCUCCAUCAAGACUUAUAUCAAACUUUACUGAAGCUACUUAUAAAGAUAAUGACUCAGAUGAAGCUGUACUUAAACGAACUUCUAAAAUAGACAUUUUAGAAAAACUUAACUUACCACUUAAACCUAAUCCAUCAAGUAGUGAUCAAGAUACGUUCAGACAAGUCAUAACUAAUGAUACAGAUGUAACCACUGUAAAAAGUACUGAAACAGAUAAUGAAACUGUGACAUUGACUACUGAUGUAACCGAUGAUGAAGUGGAAAAUCUAAAAUCUACUACUCAGUUACAAGGUCCAUAUCCAACCGCAGUUUAUACAAACGAUAAUAUAAGUACUUUAUCGAUUACAACAGCAUCACUUCAAAUUAAUAAUUCAACAUCGCCUGUACCGUUACUUCAAUACAACUUGACCCUACCAAGUAUGGAAAACAAUCAAAACUUUAGCAAACCAAAUUUAGGUAACAAUAACAAAGAGGUAAAGUCAAGCGAAAAUAAUUAUCCAAAAGUUACAGUACCCACUUCAUUUAGAGGAUAUUCAUACCGAAAUCCAUGGUAUAAUCCAGUGGCAGAUAAGUUAUCAAUAACAACGGACUCCUAUACAAAUUAUAAGUCACCUUUACCGCUUGCUUACGAUGAUCGAUGGCAGAGUUUCCCCUCAUUAAGGAAAUCUUAUCCGACAUCUGAAUUUCGACCUGUUGCGGGGUUGUACCAUGAUGGAUUUCUGCACAAACCGCUAAUCAGAAAGACAGGAUUUAUUCCGUUAAAUAGUAAAUACUUGUACUAUAAUUAAACCAAUCUUUAAUAGGAAUAGCAUGUAAUUUUUCAUAAAUGAUUAGUUUUUUCCGGCGACUUCAUCCGCGUGAUAUAAUUUAUAUUGUAUCUAUCAGUGUAAUUUUUUUUAUCGGAUCAUUAAUUCCGCAGAUUACCCGCUUACUCCAACUUACAAACUUUAUAGCUUAGUAUGGUAUAUAGAUAUCAAAGGGUAUGUAUUUAAAUACUUAUAAUUAUCUUUGUAAUAGUAACAAUAAUCAUCAUUACCACAUCCAACCAUCUCAGGCCCCCUAACUACGGGUCUACUCUCAAAAUGAGAAGGGUAACAAAGCGAUUGGCAAAGUCCAUUUAUUUACAAUCGAUUUUAAACUGUAGAAUGUUGAUACAUAAACGUUCUCUGAACAAAGUGUCAGAGGAAACGUUACAAAGCUAUCUUGUUAUCGAUUAUUCGUUAUGAAUGCUCGACAUAACCAUAAAUCGAGUGAAUUACGGUAACCGAUAUACUCGUAACUUUACAAGUUUCUUCAAGCGCAAUUGUCAGAAUACUCAUAAAGCAAGCAGUGCCUUUGUGUACCAACUCGUUUGUGACAUUGUUGUCUGGAUAUGGGUCGUCAGCAAAUGAAGAGUUUUAUAGCCACAUGGUUGAAUUGUUAUCAGUUAUCAACGUAUCUCAUUUCUUCAGAUCAUUUUAUUAUUAAAUAAAAUGUAUUCAUAAUAUUAU